AUCCCCCUCCCAGCUGCCUCAGCAGCCUGGCCCUGUCGUCAACAGCAACACAGCAGUGCAACGCCUGCUGCAGGAGCAACAGCAGGGCAAGGCAGACGAUCCGCAGUCGUUCACGGCUCGGCUCGAGCCCCGAAGGCGGCCCCAGUUUGAGUGGCCGCCGAGGAGGACUGUGGUCCCCCAGGAGGCCCGUGUCCGAACCCUCCCCCCUCUGCCCGCCAGCAACACAGGUCUGAAGAAGGUGACUUGGCCACCACCACCAGAGGACAUAGCAGACGGCGAGCAGGAGCCCGUAUACGCACAGGAGGCCCCCGCCGUCAACGGCUUUGUUAGUCCCGUCCCCCAGUACGCCCAGCAGGUGAGCCGGCCAGGGCGCUCGCCCCUACAGCAGCAGCCCCCGCAGCAGCCCCAGCAGCUGCCGCAGACGCCCCCCGCCCACAGGAGGUCCGGGUCCAGAGACAGGCGCUCACCCGCCUGGACGCCCCCGCCCACGUUCAUCACCCUUCGCCAGUCGCCCCCCAUCCACCAGGAGCCCGCCCCGGUCGUCGUGUCCCAGCCAGCCACCGCCAUCAUGCAAGCGCCUGUACAGAACGGCAACGGCACCCUUAGCCGGACCAACUCGACACCAAGCUCUGCCGCGUGCUCGCCCAUCCAAGGGGUCCCAGGACCAGGAGGCGUUUCUCCCAAGCCCACCCGCGUCACCGCCAAGAACCGUGGGGACCUCAAGUGGCCGCCAGAAGUCGUCGAAAUCAUUCCCGAGACGAUCGCUUUUGAGAUCCCGGUAGCGAGAAUGGAGGAACCUAUAGUGAGACAGAGCGGAGUGCGCGCGCGCGGCGACGCCAAGUGGCCGCCACAGGAGUACAAGUCCCGCGCGGACGAGGAGAACGCCCAGAGGCUGGCCCUCGCCAAGGGCCCCGUCUGCCGGCCCCGCCUGCCCAAGAGGGACUACACGAGCUUCUUCGACCAGAACCGCGUCAACGCCAUGUACCCCGGCUACCGAGCGCCGCCCGGCACCCAACACUACGUCGACGAGACGGGCGUGUCCGAGUUCUGAGACUGAGCAUCCCCGAGGCCUCCGGCUCCCCCGGCCCCCACCCCCGCGGCUGCCCCCAGAGGGCCCAGCGCGCCGCCCCCGCAGCGCCCCAGCCCGGCCGCGGCGCCCCCCCGGGACCACGGCUGCGCCAACCGACCACGCGACCUCUGUGCCGGGUCGUCCUUACAGUUUAGGCCGCCGAGCUCGCGGUUGGCAGCACCGUAGACAAAAGUGCGCCCGGAAAACGCCACGACAACGAACCGUCGGACACAUGUUCCCUCAUCUUGAUUCAGCCAAACUACCCCGGAGUGCACUUACCUGUCGCACUGCCCUGGGUGGCACUAGAGGGGCCGGCUCGCCGCAGACACUGACACAAACACAGACACACACACAAACACACACACACACGCUUCGUGGAGAGUAAAGGCUUGGCGGGCUUUGUUUUGGUCGCAUUGCUCUCUUUGUGAUAUCGGCGGGAACAAUCCCGUUCACUGAAAAGCGAUGCCCCGCCGAUAAAAGAAUGUCCAAUAGAGUAAUUUUAAGGUUUUUGUUUUAUAAAUGUUUCAAUUGUGCAUAUUGAUCGUCCUAUUUUAUUACGACCAGUUUAGUCUUCAAACCCUGUCUCAUACGCGCUUUGUAGAGGAUCGAUUAAGCAAGGACUCCGUUUUGCGGACGCCUUUUAUAUAAUUGCUGUGAUUGCUCAAAUUACUAAUUACCAUUAUUUCUAUUUUGUCAUGAAUAAAUAAAAUUAUAUCAAAGAAUCUA